CUCUUGACAGGUUCAUCUUGUCAAGUCUUUCCUUUCUUCUAUUCCUCUGACUACACCUUGCCCCCAUUAGCGACUAUUGUUUUGGUUGUCGCAUCACCACAGUCAAGAUGGCUACCAACAGUGGAUAUGGGCAAGUGAUUGAAUAUAUUCAAGAUCGUCUCUACCUCGCCUCCUACGAUAACCCUCCUGAUGCACGAACCCCGUUUCCUUAUCCCCUCGAGCAGCCGAGGUCACCGUCCAAGCGCUCUGCGAGGGCUCAGCCUAGCACUCCUAGCAAGAAGCGCAGCCCUGUCUAUUUCACAGUAGAUGAUGUCUUGCUGUACAACUCCUUCCAUGCGGAUUUCGGCCCUCUACACAUUGGUCACUUGUAUCGUUUUGCGGUCCAGUUCCACGAGAUCCUCGGGGAGCCUGAGAACCGUGACCGUGCAGUGGUAUUCUACUCGAAGACGGAUGCACGAAGCCGUGCCAAUGCGGCCUGCCUGGUUGCCUGCUACAUGGUCCUCAUCCAGGCCUGGCCUCCGCACCUGGCUCUAGCACCUAUCGCGCAAGCCGAUCCUCCAUACAUGCCCUUCCGUGAUGCUGGAUAUAGUCAGGCGGAUUUCAUCCUAAACAUCCAGGAUGUCGUCUAUGGUGUGUGGAAGGCUAAGGAGCAGUCGCUUUGUAGCCUCAGGGACUUUAGUCUUGAAGAGUAUGAGAAGUUUGAGCGUGUUGACAUGGGCGAUUUCAACUGGAUCACCCCGCAGUUCCUCGCUUUCGCUUCGCCGCAGCACCAACCGAUUGCGCCAAUCCCUCAAAACACGCCCGAGUUUGCGGCGCUUCCAUCGACCGUCUCCGAAGUCCUUUCUUCGAAGCUACCUCUUCCUUUCAAAAAUGUCCUGGCGCACUUCUCAUCCCGCAACAUUGGUCUUGUUGUCAGACUGAACUCCGAAUUGUACUCCCCCUCGUACUUCACGGCUCUGGGUAUCACCCAUGUGGAUAUGAUCUUCGAAGACGGAACCUGCCCUCCCCUGCCACUUGUCCGUCGUUUUAUCAAGAUGGCACACGAGACGAUCAGUAAGAAGAAGGGCAUUGCUGUUCACUGCAAGGCCGGCCUGGGACGGACUGGCUGCUUGAUCGGCGCAUACCUGAUCUACAGAUACGGGUUCACCGCCAACGAGAUUAUUGCUUUUAUGAGAUUCAUGCGGCCAGGCAUGGUGGUCGGUCCUCAGCAGCACUGGCUACACCUCAACCAGGGUUCUUUCCGCGAGUGGUGGUACGAAGAUUCGAUGAAGGAGAAGCUGGCUCAGAUGCAGGCUGCUCCCAUCACUCCUGGACGGCCAACUACCAGACAGCGGGCCAAUGGACCUGUCGCCACGCCGCCGAACAACGGCCACUCAAAGCGUGCUGCACUUGGCGAGAUCGACCAUAACGAAGGUGCUGGAACCCAGGCGGAAGAGUACCUUCCCGCACCCACUCCUGGACAGCCCCGCAAAUCACAUAGAAAAGAUUCUCGCCAUCACCCCUAUGCCCGUACCACAUCUGGAAGCUUGGUUGUGGACAAGGAUGGCAAUAAGAAUGGCGAACAGACCAGCCACAGACACCACCGUCUCAGCAACGACAGCAGUGAGAGUGAAGAGGAGAUUCAAUUGCGUAUGUUGGCGAAGCGUUCCUCGAGAUCCCCUGUCGCAUCUCCUAGUCAGCGGUCUGUUAGUUACUCGGCUACGGUAACUGCUAGCUACACCCUGAACGACGACGAUCGAGAGAAUUGGGGCGAUGCUGCCGCUUAUGCAGCACCGAAGACUCCUGUGAGCACCAAGAGUGGCAGUGGAGCGAUUGCAGUAACAAAGGUUCGGACGAGCCCCAGGCGUGCCACAGACAGCAGGAGUGAGACGAAGGUCCGGAAGGCUAGCGGCCGCGUUGGUAGCGCCGGGAGUCCCACGCGGGUGAAAUAAACGCCUCACCGGCGCAGGUAUACUUCUUUUCUUCUCCGC